GGCGCCAUGCCCAAGGAGGAGUGCAAGGCGCUGCUGGACGCGCUCAACAAAGUGGCCGCCUGCUACCGGCACCUGGUGCUGACCGUCGGGGGCGCCUCGGACUCGCAGAACCUGCGCGAGGAGCUCAAGAAGACCCGGCAGAAGGCCCAGGAGCUGGCCGUGGCCAACCGCAACCAGCUGACGGCCGCCCUGCGGGACAAGGCGGUGAGCAAGCCCGACCGGGCCGAGUACGAGCGGCUAUGGGUCCUCUUCACCUCGUGCAUGGAGCUGCUGGAGACCGACAUGAGGCGGGCCCUGGAGCUGGGCCACGAGUUCCCCCUCCACGUGCCCAGGAGGCACCUCGUGCAGACGGGCAUGAGCGGGGGCACCUCCGGGGUGGCCGCCCGGGCCAUGAGCGUCCAGAACAUGAAGUACGAGGCCGAGCGCAACAUCGACGUGGUGGACCUCCAGGACCUGGAGAAGGAGAUCCACCAGGUGGGCGAGAUGGUCUACGAGAUGGAGAUGAAGGUCAACGUCCCGCAGUGGACGGUGGAGGCCAAGCAGGACCCCGGGGCCGAGCUCCACUCGGCCAUCAGCGUGGCCGCCUCCUCCAUCGGCAUGAUCGAGGUGGAGAGCAAGGCCGUCUGCAACACCCGCAAAGUGCUGGUCGCCGUGGUUUUCACCGCCGUCCUCCUGGUCGCCGUGGUCCUGGCCGUGUGCGUGGCAAAACUCUCCUAA